ACCCUGUUUACUAACGGUGCUUUCAAAAAGAAGAAAAACCGCUGCUCACAGGUCAUCUGAAGAACUGAAUUAACGUCUACAAAGCUUCUGUUAUUAGCAGGUCGUCAUUGUGUUUAGCAAGCCGUGUUGUUAAAGGGAAUUUCUUCUCAGUCGUGUGUCCUACACUAAACCAUGGGAACUGAUAAAAGGCCUAGUCGAGGAGAACGUAGUGGACGAUAUGGUUCUGAUGGGAGGAGAGAUGAUCCAGAAUGGUACGACAGACGAAGCAGAGAUAUGGAUAGAGAUUAUGAUCGACGCUGGGUUGAAGAUAGACACAGAGAACGCUUUGAUGAACGCAGAGAUCGAGACAGUCCAGAGAGGGGUCGAAAACGACGCAACAGUGACAGAUCAGAUGAUGAAUAUGACGGUGAUUAUCCAGAGCAGGACUACAAAGCGGAGCAUGAGGAAGAGAGCAAGACUAUUAUGCUAAGGGGUCUCUCUCCCCAUGUCACAGAGGAUGAUAUUCGCACAGCACUCGAGCAGCUACAAGGACCCCAGCCUGUGGACAUACGUUUGAUGAAGACAAGGACAGGUAUAAGCCGAGGUUUCGCCUUCGUGGAGUUUUAUCACUUGCAAGAUUCUACCCGAUGGAUGGAGACCAAUCAGAACAAGUUGGUGGUCCAGGGGAAAACCAUUACAGUGCACUACAGCAACAGGAGACAGAAGUUUGAAAAUUGGCUUUGCAAUGCUUGCGGUCUGUACAAUUUUCGGAAGAGGCUGAAAUGCUUCAGGUGUGGAGCAGCAAAAGUUGGAGAAUCCUCUGGAGUUAAUGGUGUAAACGUCGAGUCUCAACAGCCAGGAGAAUACAGCGGAGACACAAUAAUUUUGAGGAACAUUGCCCCCCUGUCAACUGUUGAUGGAAUUUUGAACAUAUUGGCACCAUAUGCCAACCUGUCUGCCAGUAACAUCCGCCUCAUUAAAGACAAACAAAAAGGACAGAAUAGAGGCUUUGCCUUUGUGCAGCUCUCAUCUCCUUUGGAGGCUUCUCAGCUGCUGACCAUUCUCCAGAGCCUUCAGCCACCCCUCAAACUGGAUGGAAAAACAAUUGGUGUGGAUUAUGCCAAGAGUGCUAGGAAAGACUCAGUGCAGCCUGAUGGGACCAGGGCCAGUGCUCUCUCUGUUGCCAGCACAGCCAUUGCUGCUGCUCAGUGGUCGUCCAGUCAGUUACAACAAGGGUCAGGUGCCACAUCUGAUUUCGUUGCUCUUCCAGAGGGCUACGCACAAGCACAGAAUUAUCAAGUAUGGCCACAGCAGCCUGAAGGAUCGGCUCCUGUCCUUGGAGAUGGAUUACUUGGAGCUGCUCCAGGAGUGAAGACUUUGAUCCCUACAGCCACAGGUGUGGUGAUAUCCCAGGCAGCUCAGGUGUACCAAACUGUCAUUAUCAGCCAGCCUGCCAUACAGACACAUCAACUAGUGAGGCCAGUUGUUGCAGCACAGCAGGCUGCUAGUGUUCCCACCACAUCACCGAUAACACCGGCCUCUUCCACGGCCGCAACAACAGUCUCUGCUGCCCCGACUGCUAGCACAACAGCUGUCCCUGACACCUCCACGUAUCAGUAUGAUGAGUCUUCAGGUUACUAUUAUGAUCCACAGACUGGCCUGUAUUAUGAUCCCAGCAGCCAAUACUACUAUAACUCUGAGACACAGCAGUACCUCUACUGGGACAGUGAGAAGCAGACAUAUGUUCCUGCACCGACUGAAUCAGACACGAGCACAGAACAAGCUGCAGCUAGUUCCUCAACCACCAGCAAAGAGCCCAAAGACAAAAAAGAGAAGCCCAAAAAUAAAUCUGCACAGCAGAUUGCAAAGGACAUGGAGCGCUGGGCAAAAAGCUUAAAUAAGCAAAAAGAAAGUUUUAAGAGCAGUUUCCAAGGCUUGGGAGCUUCCAAGGAAGAGGACAGGAAAGAGUCUGCAGCUGCAGAUGCAGGUUUCUCACUUUUCGAGAGGAAGAUUGGAAGUUUUGAGAUGUCGUCCCUCUUGGCUGAACAGUUCAAGCUGACAGAGCAGGAGAUUCCAGCAAAGAGUGAUUUUUUUGCUGCCUACAAUGGGGAUAGUGACCCAGAGGAGGGUGGCUCAGAUAGAGCAGUAGAGGACGAGGGAAAAAUAACAGACUGGAACAAGAUGGUUUGUCUGCUGUGCCGCCGUCAGUUCCCCACCAAAGAGGCUCUGUUGCGUCACCAGCAGCUCUCUGACCUCCACAAGCAAAAUUUGGAAAUUCAGAGAAGAUCGAGGCUCUCAGAAGCCGAGCUGGAAGAGCUGGAGAGGAAAGAAACUGAGCUGAAGUACAGAGACAGAGCUGCAGAAAGAAGGGAGAAGUACGGUGUUCCUGAACCUCCUGUACCUAAGAAGAAAUUCUAUCAAGCACCAGCCCCGACAGUAAACUAUGAACAGCCCACCAAAGACGGCCUGACAAGUGAUAAUAUUGGCAGCAAAAUGUUGCAAGCGAUGGGCUGGCAGGAGGGCAGAGGUCUGGGACGCCACCAACAGGGCAUCACUGCUCCCAUCUCGGCUUCAUUAAGGACCAAGGGCACAGGCUUGGGUAUUAAACAAAGCUCAUAUGAACUGUCAGCUUCUGACACCUACAAGGAUGCUGUUCGUAAGGCCAUGUUUGCACGCUUCACUGAGAUAGAGUGAACUGGGGAGAAGAAUGAUCACUCUGAACUGUAAAAAUGUAAUUUUGUGGCUGAAUGAUCUUGCUGUGACAGAAAAGUAGAUAGACCCCUUUGUACAAACUGUUUAUGUAUAUAAAAUAUAGUUGGUUUUUUUUUUUUAAAUUUACCUUGAUAUUUAGUCAUCCAAAAUACACUAUAUUGCCAAAAGUAUUCGCUCAGCCAUCCAAAUAAUCAGAAUCAGGUGUUCCAUCACUUCCAUGGCCACAGGUGUAUAAAAUCAAGCACCUAGGCUGGUGACUGCUUUUACAAACAUUUGUGAAAGAAUGGGUCGCUCUCAGGAGCUCAGUGAAUUCCAGCGUGGAACUGUGAUAGGAUGCCACCUGUGCAACAAAUCCAGUCAUGACAUUUCCUCUCUCCUAAAUAUUCCACAGUCAACUGUCAGCUGUAUUAUAAGAAAGUGGAAGUGUGUGGGAACGACAGCAACUCAGCCACCAAGUGGUAGGCCACGUAAACUGACAGAGCGGGGUCAGCGGAUGCUGAGGCACAUAGUGCCAAGAGGUCGCCAACUUUCUGCAGAGUCAAUCACUACAGACCUUCAAACUUCAUGUGGCCUUCAGAUUAGCUCAAGAACAGUGCUUCAGCAGAGAGCUUCAUGGAAUGGGUUUCCAUGGUCAAGUAGCUGCAUCCAAACCAUACAUCACCAAGUGCAAUGCAAAGCGUUGGAUGCAGUGAUGUAAAGCAGGCCACCACUGGACUCUACAGCAGUGGAGACUCCUUCUCUGGAGUGACGAAUCACGCUUCUCCAUCUGGUAAUCUGAUGGACCAGUCUGGGUUUGGCGGUUGCCAGGAGAAGGAUACUUGUCAGACUGCAUUGUGCCAAGUGUAAUAUUUGGUGGAGGGGGGGGAUUAUGGUGUGGGGUUGUUUUUCAGGAGCUGGGCUUGGCCCCUUAGUUCCAGUGAAAAGAACUCUGAAUGCUUCAGCAUACCAAGACAUUUUGGACAAUUCCAUGCUCCCAACUUUGUGGGAACAGUUUGGAGCUGGUCUCUUCCUCUUCCAACAUGACUGUGCACCAGUGCACAAAGCAAGGUCCAUAAAGACAUGGAUGACAGAGUCUGGUGUGGAUGAACUUGACUGGCCUGCACAGAGUCCUGACCUCAACCCAAUAGAACACCUUUGGGAUGAAUUAGAGCAGAGACUGAGAGCCAGGCCUUCUGGUCCAACAUCACUGUGUGACCUCACAAAUGCACUUCUGGAAGAAUGGUCAAAAAUUCCCAUAAACACACUCCUAAACCUUGUGGACAGCCUUCCCAGAAGAGUUGAAGCUGUUAUAGCUGCAAAGGGUGGACCGACGUCAUAUUGAACCCAAUGGAUUAGGAAUGGGGUGUCACUUAUGUUCAUAUGCGAGUCAAGGCAGGUGAGCGAAUACUUUUGACAAUGUAGUGUAUGUUUUAAAGGCGAUGAACAUACACAUUUUGUAUAGUGUUGCUAUAUUAAGUUGCUGAGGACGUGUUACUGUGAGAAUCAAUGUGGUGAUUAAACCUGUCAUUCAUGCUCACAGACACUUGUCUGCAAGAUGUUUUUUUUUCAAGUGUAAAUUCCUCUUACUCUGAAUUAUAACAUAAAAUAAAAUAACUUAUAAAUGCAAAGUCA